AUGCAGUCAAAUCGCGAAAUUUUAUACCCGCGAAAUAUAUACCGUAUACGAAGAGAAAUAGACCAUCUGACACGUGUACUACAAGAAAGGGAAAGGGAACUACAGGAGGAGAGAAGAGAAAAGGAACAAGUUAGAAACAGACUACAGCAACAACUUCAAGGAAGAGAACAACAACUUCAACAAGCACAGCAACAAGGACAAGAAAGAGAGAGGGAAAUUCGACAAGCCAGAGAACGAGAGCAGGAUAUACAGAGGCAACUUAGGGAAUCUCAAGAAAGAGAGCGACAGCUUCAAAGGCAAGUAGAAGGUAACCAGCAAAGAGAACAGGAUCUUCAACGACAGCUUCAAGAAAAGGAGAGGGAAUCAGAGCUACAAAUUCAACAGGCCAGGGAGCGAGAACAGGAUUUUCAGAGGCAGCUUGAACAAGCACAGCAUCAACUUGAGUCAAGAGAGAGAGAAUCUCAAGAAAGAGAGCAACAGCUUCAAAGGCAAGUAGAAGGUGGCCAGCAAAGAGAACAGGAUCUUCAACGACAGCUUCAAGAAAGAGAGCAACAGCUUGAGGAAAGAGAGAGAGAGUUCCAAGAAAGAGAGAGACAACUUGAAGAGCAGAUACAAGUGGCAAAGUCUUCCUGGGUAGUGAAUAGAGAAGAGAUUACUUAUGGUGUCCUCCUUAUAGAGAUGGUCGUUUGCCAGUUUCCAGACGUAGGAAAGAGAGUGGCUCAGAUUAAAGCUAUCAAGAGGCCGACAUUGAAGAACCUCAUUGAAUGUUGUCUGAUAGAGAACUAUAAACAGCGUCCAACAAUGUCUGACAUUAUAAAUGAAAUAAAAGAGAAACUUGAGUGA